UAGUUAGUUCUGCGCCGGCCGGCACACGCGACGGAUGUGUGAGCUGUGCUCGUUUCAACUUUCUUCGAGUCUGCGAUCAUAAAAUAUAUUGACUCCUAUUUUGUAAAAUUAAAGUUAUUUAUGCUAUCAGUGUUUCGGUUAUAAUAUCGAAAACAAAGUGACAGUUAAUUACAUGAGGUAGUGUUUAUUUUUUGUGAAUCUUCAACGUGUUUGGUUCAACGGACUGAGGUUCGAUGAUGUUUUAGUGUCAUAGUGCAGUGUUGUGAAUGUGUCAAUUAGUACGGACUAUGGGGGCUAUUUCCCUUACUGUUAGAUGGCUGGCCGUAGUACUCAUCGGCGCUGAGUGGCAGGUCCAUUCCCAGCUCAUACAGCCUACGUCAGAAGUGGAGAGUUCUUAUAAUUAUUACUAUGAACAGCCGUGUUGUACUGGACCAGUGACUAAGAGCAAAUACCACGUGAGACACAGAAGAGAUCAUGUACGCGAAUUCUCAUGUGGGACUCUCUACUACAGAACUUUGUUUGUCGACACAAAGCGUGAUGCACUCUACGUUGGUGCGAUGGACCGAUUAUAUCGACUUAACAUGAACAAUAUCAGCGCAUCACAUUGUGAGAGAGAUGCGAUAAAUUUGGAGCCCAGUAACGUGGCGCAGUGUGUGUCAAAAGGGAAAUCGGAGCAUUUCGACUGUCGGAAUCAUAUCCGUGUCAUCCAACCAAUGGGUGAUGGGUCUCGACUCUAUAUCUGCGGCACCAACGCACAUAGCCCUAAGGACUGGGUACUAUACUCGAACCUGACGCACCUGCCCCGACAUGAGUACGUGCCGGGGAUCGGUAUGGGCGUCGCGAAGUGCCCCUACGACCCGGCGGACAACUCCACGGCGCUGUGGGUGGAAAGAGGCAACCCUGGCUCGCUGCCCGCUUUGUACUCCGGCACCAACGCCGAAUUCACAAAGGCCGACACGGUCAUUUUUAGAACCGACCUACACAACCUUACUACGGGCAGACGGGAGUUCUCAUUCAAGCGAACUCUCAAAUACGAUUCCAAAUGGCUGGACAAACCGAACUUCGUUGGAUCCUUCGACGUUGGCGAAUACGUCUUAUUCUUCUUUCGAGAGACAGCGGUAGAAUACAUAAACUGUGGAAAGGCAGUCUACUCCCGAGUAGCAAGAGUCUGCAAACGUGAUACUGGAGGCAAGAAUAUACUCAGCCAGAACUGGGCUACUUAUCUGAAAGCUAGACUCAACUGCAGUAUUCCUGGAGAGUUUCCAUUCUACUUUAAUGAAAUACAGAGCAUUUACAAAGUACCUGGUGACGAUAACCGCUUCUAUGGAGUCUUCACCACCGCAUCCACUGGUCUGAUGGGAUCCGCAAUAUGCACUUUCACAAUAGGAGACAUCCAAAAAGCAUUUGAGGGUAAAUUCAAGGAGCAAGCCACGUCUAGUUCCGCCUGGCUGCCAGUUAUCAGCAGCAAAGUACCAGAACCCAGACCUGGCACCUGCGUCAAUGACACCUCGUCUUUGCCGGACACUGUUCUUAACUUUAUACGAUCCCACCCGUUGAUGGAUAGCGCUGUGUCUCAUGAACACGAAAAGCCGAUUUACUACAAACGAGACCUGUUCUUCACGAGGCUGGUGGUAGACCGCGUCAAGGUGGACAUGAUGGGCCAUCAAUUGGAUUACACAGUCUACUAUGCUGGAACAAAUGAAGGGAAAAUUCAUAAAAUCGUUCAGUGGACUCGCAACGGCGACAGCCAGUCAGCUUUACUUGACAUAUUCGACAUUACUCCAGGGGAACCUAUUCAGGCAAUGGCUCUCUCGCGCACUCACGGCUCGCUCUACGCAGCCUCAGACCGCCGAGUGCUACAGCUACGCCUGGCGUUAUGUGCACGCCGCUACGACGCAUGCGUUCGUUGCGCAAGAGAUCCGUACUGCGGAUGGGACCGCGAUGCUGGCGUAUGCAGAGAAUACAUGCCUGGAUUGAUCCAAGACGUGGCGAACGAAACAGCUGACAUAUGUGACUCGUCCAUAUCACGAAAAAGCGUGUCUGCCACGUGGGGUCAAAGUCUGCACCUGGGAAGUUUUGUCAAGAUGCCCGAGGUACUCCAGCCGUUAUCUGUCACCUGGUAUCAUUACUCGAAAGAGAAAGGACGUCACCCUAUAACAUUCAAUAAACCCGAGAAAUAUAUUGAGACGUCGGAACAUGGACUACUUAUAAUAUCUGUGAGCGAGUCAGAUGCGGGACGUUACGAUUGUUGGCUCGGCGGAUCACUGUUAUGCUCAUACAACAUCACUGUUGACACGCACAGAUGUUCCCCGCCAGAGAAAAGCAACGAAUACCAGAAGAUUUACUCGAACUGGUGUCACGAAUUUGAGAAAUAUAAAACUGCGAUGAAAACGUGGGAAAGGAAACAAGAGCAAUGCGCUCGACAAAAUGACUCAAAUCAAAACACACAUCCGAAUGAGAUUGUGUGAUAGCUUCUGAAUAUCGCCUAUCUCAUGUUCCAAUCCGUGUCCUCCUACGGGAUAAUUCCUGUGCCGUACGUGAAAGCCGCUCUCAAACACUUUAACAUCCUCACCUAAGUUAAUCUACGUGAUCUUAAAAUAUUAUAUUUUCAUACAUGAGAAGGUGAUUCAAAAUUUAUGGACAAUUUUUAUAAUGAAAACUAGAGUUGUGCUUCGUUGGUGGCGUAAGCUGGUAGGAAAAUUGAUAGUAAGUUUUCGUACGUGUGUGCUUACUCAUUAAGUUAAAUCUUGCCAUUUAGACGCGGUGAUAUCAUUUGAAGUUUAGCCUAUGUCUUGCUCAUAUUUAUGCGAAACAUUUGGUAGCCAAUAUGUGUUUUGUUUUUGUGUUAAAUAAUAAAAAAACCUGGAGGAGCGGUACUGUCAACAAUACGCUAUUUUAAUA